GCUAAAAACAAUUCAAAAUUUUAACGAAAAAGUUCCACCAAAAUUCAAAAACCAAAUGAACAUCACAAGUUAAAGCAAAAAGACAGCGUUUCCCCCUUCCGUUUCUCACUCUCUUUUCUUUUGCUCUCUCAGAUCUGAAUUUCAAAAUAAGCAAAAAAGAGAAGAAAAAAGCUGAGAAAUUUCACCAUUCCCUUUUCUUCUUCGAUCCCAGUACCGAAAUUGAGGGGAACGAAAGAAAAUGGUGAGGGAGGAAAGAGUGGAGUCAUUUUACGCGAGGCUAAGGGAAUCGGCUAGGGCAUCGUCUCUCUCGCCUUUACUCAUAUUCCCGUCAACGUCUGAUGUUGACUCUCUAUGUGCUCUCAAAAUCAUUUUCCACAUUCUUGAAUCUGAUUCAGUCCGGUACUCGUGUUAUCCGGUGUCUUCUUUUCAAGAAAUCAGAGAAUACGCUGCUUCUGAGUUGAGCUCUUCAUCUGAGGAGCCCGUUACUAUGCUUUUGAUAAACUGGGGGUGCCACCGUGACCUACAGGAGGAUCUUAAGUUAGGGUCAGCUGCCAGGGUUUUUGUUGUUGAUAGUCAUAGGCCGAUUCAUUUGCAUAAUUUGAGUGAUCAGAAUGAUCAGGUGGUUGUUCUUUAUACUAAUGAUGAUGAGCGGUUGGCUGAUCUCGCAUAUGAUUUUGAAGUUAUGGAGUUGGCAAAUGCUAGCUAUUGUUUGCAUAAUUCGGAGUUGGAUGGCGAAGAAGAUGAAGAUAGUGAAAGUGAGGAUGAUGAUGAUGAUGAGGAUGAAGAGGUGGAAGGGAAAGCCAGGGAUGGUUCUAGGAAAAGAAGAAGACUGUCUUCAGAAGGUGAAGAAGAGCCACCGGCCAGGCGUUUUAAGAAACUGAAAAGGGAGUAUUAUCGGAUGGGAACAUUCCAUGGGAAGCCAUCAGGUUGUUUGAUGUAUGAUUUGUCGCAUUGUUUGAGGAAAAACACAAAUGAGUUGCUGUGGCUGGCUUGUGUUUCACUUACAGAUCAGUUUGUUCAUGAGAGGCUAACAGAUGAGAGGUAUGAAGCAGGGGUUAUGGAGCUUCAGCAGCAUAUUAACAGUUUAGGGAAUCUGGAUGCGGUUACUUCGGUGACGCUUAAAGACGGUACCAAGGUUCGAGCACCUGAUUCCUCAAGAAUUGCCUAUGAAGAAGAACCAAGACUUAUGCUGUUAAGAGAGUGGAAUUUAUUUGAUUCAAUGCUGUGUUCCUCGUACAUUGCCCCAAAGUUGAAGACCUGGAGUGAUAAUGGCAUGAAAAAGCUUAAGCUUCUCCUUGCAAGGAUGGGAUUUGCACUUGUGGAUUGCCAGCAGAAGUUUCAGUACAUGAAUCAUGAAGUAAAACAGAAGAUGAAAGAUCAAUUCGAACAAAUUUUGCCUGACUAUGGACUUGAUGAUUUCUACUACAAAAGUUUCUUGCGUCUUCAUGGUUAUACGUCGAGGGUUUCAGCUGCAGACAUGGUAUAUGGGGUCACUGCACUGCUUGAAUCUUUUGUGCAAUCAGAUGGCUCGUGUGCUUUGAAGCAGUUUGGGGUGGCAUACGAUGCGCUGUCCCUAAGCAAUCUUGAUAAGCUGAAAUCCGGAAUGCAACAGGCGAUCAAGAUACAAAGGGCUAUUCUUAGGCAAGGAAGUGCUGCAAUAACAAAGAGUGGGUGCAUCAGGAGUGGGAGAAAGUUUAGGUGGGUGAAGCUUGAAGAUUCAGUAGAUACAAAUCUGUUGGGUCACCCCCAGGCCCUCACCAAGUUCUGUUACUUUCUAAUGGAUGCCUUGAAGGAGAAAGGAGCUAAGUUGAAGCCUUUGCUUUGUGCUUGCAUGUUGCAAGAGCCAUCUAAGGUGUUGAUUGUUGGGGUCUGCGGAAAGCCUCGUCUUGGAGCACUUCAAGGGAAUGCGUUCGGUCUUGCAUUCAGGAAUGCUGCCGAGGAAACCGGAGCUGAAUUCUUCCAUGAGCUUUUCGAAUCUUCAUGGAUUGUAUUGGAUGCUGGCGUUGUUAAUUCCUUCAUGGUCAAAUUAACUGAAAGGCUUUGAUGUAAAGCUUUGGAUUAUGAGUGACGGUAAUUGUAACUUUGUUUUUUCUUUUCUUUUUAAAUGAAAACAUUUGUUCAUUACUUUGAAGUAAUUUUUUUAGUUUGCUUAAAAUGAUUCAAUGAAUAAAAAUCUAAUUUGGUGCAAA